AUGACUCCUACUGCUGUGGAACCUUCCAAUGCAGCACUCAGCCAACACUUAAACUUCGUGGUGGAUGCAAGUUUCACAGGCCAGCAGCCAUUGGGAGAGGCCAUCGCAGUGCCAAAGCACAGCCUAGAAGUGACCCUCUCUGGUCCCACCUCUACGUCACGAUACAGCAUCUGCAGCAUCCGCCUCCGUGACAGCGGCCGCGGCAGCACCGCGGCGGCACUCCAGCAUCCAGCGCAGUCAAAUCCAAAUUUACCCAAUGCCACAUGGGAGCACGCUGCCUAUUGUGCGUUCAUUGGCCAUAUCUCCUGCGAUUAUGCAAUCAUGCUUGGCUGGCGGCUGGUGGCAGUAGCAGCAGUAGCAGCAGUAGCAAAGCGCAGCACAGUGAAGCUGUUUAGGAAAGGUGUCCAGCCUAAGCCCAAGUCAGGAUCAGCGCUGCUGGCCGUCAGCCACAUGAUUGCUGUGUGUCGUGUUCAGAGAGACGAUCUCUUGUUGUGA